AGUGAAUUCAUAACUCUCCAUCUUUAAAAAACGACCCGGCGAUAAAGCCUACCUAGCAUCGUUACUAUACAGUGCCCGUCCUGUUUAGAUUGCGAACGAGUUCAGCUCGAGUCGAGUCGAGUGCAGACAGACUUGCGACACAAUGCGACCGAGGGGCCUGAUCUUCGGUGCUGUAAUACCACUCGUCGUUUGCGCCGCCGACUCGCAACAGGUCCAAGUACCGAUCGUGAUCAACGAGGAGGUUCCGCCUAUAGCUUCCCAUCCACUCUGGGUUACUGCCAAUAACACCAUGGUUGCGGCUACAACACCCACGAAGCCUAGCGCGGUCAAUGCAACCAUCACACCAACACCACCUGCGAUUGCAAUGGCAGCAGCCGACUUGCCUUCGCCCGCACUGGAUAAGUCGCUAUUCAGUCUCAUUGUGUUUGGCGUAGCAGGCCUGUGUCUGCUGUGAUCUCCAAUAGAUCACAGGAAUAAACGAGAAGAAUGAAGCAAUGAGAUACCCAGCUGCAUGAAGUUUGGAUUUUCCCUUUUGGUGGUCCUCGGAAGGAGUUUCGGUUACGAUUAGGAUCGGAUUGGGUCGGUUGGUUGAUGUCGUGUCCGGUUUAGACAGUCUUGAUAUGGUCGGCCGGCGAUCGGGGAUAAAUAUACCUCACGAACAAUAAAUUAGGAUCCUGGAUAGGUUGGUACAAAUCGUUGGAUGCCGCAUUGAGCAGUCAUCAACUGCCA